AUGACUGGGACUUCUGGCAAACCCAUGAACGAAUAUCCUGGAUUCGGACUACCUCUUCGCAAUUGGGAAUGGAGCAACUACGGCUUCUAUCCGAUCGGUUCCCACCACAAUGCCUAUGGAAGCGAAUCAGAGAUCAUCCCUGUGCGAGAGCUUGCCGUGAUGGAUGUUUUGGAAAAACUCACCGAUAAGCCCGACUGGCAUCAGAAGGUCUUUGAUGAUGAAAUCGUUGCCAAGUGGCGUAAUGAGGCCCUCGCCAUUCCUGACCAACACUUUUGGCACCUGGCUACCGCUGCGAAGAGCCAGUAUUGGACCCACGACGAUGACCGGCUCGAGCUUCAUGACGACAGGCAGUCUUGCAUACUCGAGAAUAUCUUGGAUGAAGGUACAUUCGAUACCUGUGUUCAAGAGCUUCGCAGCAAAGCCAAAUAUUUCGAACAAUCGGGCAUCAUACCUUCUCUCGACGCAAGCGCUUCCGUAGCCAAGUCUGACACGCUCGUUACAAGCGAGCUACACGCCAAGCUUCGCCAAGCUUUUGACCAGCUCAAGUCGGACCACGCUGCAUCUCCUGAUUGGCAUCCCAACUCGAAUAGUAUGGUGCAGGAUCUGGUACACCCGUCUAUGUACCCAUUGGUAUAUGGGCGCAGUUCUGGCUUUCGUGAGGAGAAGGUUGGUGUGACGGACGCUGUAGAGCGCUGGGCUGGCAAGGGCGAGGUCGUCCCCCAGCAGGGGCUCGAAACGACUACAGCGCAAAACCGACAUGAUUAUAGCGUUGGAGGCAGCAGCAUCCCGCCGGAGUACUGGUCCAAUCGAUACCAAUGGUUGCCGGCCAAUGUGGCUUUUCAGGAUGAUGGGUCUGUCAAGUUUACCAGCUACAUCAACAAUCUUCACCCUACGAGAUAUCCCGGCAUAUAUCGUACCAUCGAAAAGCUGGUCGAAACAUCCAUACCCAUGUGGGAUCAGUGUUUGCGGUUUGCAGUCGGCUAUCACAAGUUUGAAGGGGCCGGUCGUAUGGAAACUCGCACCGGUAAACCCGAGAAUCCUGAUGACGAGAACGAAGAGAAUUGGACGCCCAAUAAAGAAGAGUGUGGUGAUGUGGAAGCCAGCGAAGAAGACCUGGAGGAAGAAGGGUACGAGGAUUACUACGACAACGAUGAGGAUCGCCAAGAAGAGUUGCUGGAGGCCAAGUGGAAGAUCGUCCGCAAACCUCGUAUCAUGCCAAUUCCCUUCAACGACGUAUCCUACGCACCGCAACCAGGCAAGCGUCUUGCUGAUAGAUUUCGCGAUACGGGACUUCAGGUCAUUGUCAAGAUGGCCUCGAUUGAACUCACGCCCGAGAAGCCGGACUUUCCUGUGGGUGGAUGGCACAUCGAGGGGCAGAUGAACGAAAACAUCUGCGCAACUGCCCUGUACUACCUGGACAGUGAUAACAUCACUGACAACAGCCUCUCAUUCCGCAUGCAGACGUCUGCUUACCUACAGGAUGACGAGGGUUUCGACGUUGGACAAGACUGUUAUCACUGGAUGGAGCACGUGUACGGCACUGGCUUUGGGUGUGGGAAUUCGCCAUGUUUGCAGAAUUACGGGAACGUACAAACGCGUGAGGGUCGGCUGCUAGCUUUCUCCAAUGUCUUUCUCAUCGACCCUACAAAGCCCGGCCAUCGUCGCUUUAUUGCACUUUGGCUUGUCGAUCCGACGAAGCGCAUCGUCUCUACGGCGAAUAUUCCGCCUCAACAAAUGGACUGGUACGUCGACUCGCUACUUGGACCAAGCGACAAAACGCGCCAAGAAGCGUUGUCGAAGUUCCCCCCAGACCUCAUCAAUCUGCUAGCCGAGAAGGGACUCGCAAGUCCUUCUGUCACUACGGAAGGUCGACUGCCUGAAGAGCUCAUGGCCUACGUGCGCGAAUACUUCGAAGAAGCCAAGCACUCCCUUCCUAUGGGUUUUCAAGAGGCAAGUGAGCAUCGCAAAAAGCUUAUGCAGGAAAGGGGCGCGUUUGUCCAGACCGCAGAGAAAGGAUGGCAGAGGGCGACUUACAGCUUCUGUGAGCAUUAA